UACAAACACACACACACCUACCUGAAAUCCCACUGCUAACAGUCAUGAUGGCCAUUCCUACAGUUAUGAUGCAGCCAGUGGCAUUCCAGUCUCCAGACAGCCCAAAGAGCGGCAAGUGGAGUAGUGGGAUAUGUGACUGCUGUGAGGACAUGGGCAUCUGCUGUCUUGGAUUUUGGUGCCCCUACUGCUUGAUGUGUAACACAAGCGAAAGAUUUGGAGAGUGCUUCUGCCUCCCCCUGGUGGAAACAUGCUUUGGGGCAUUGGUUCCACCUCUCACCUUCGCUAUGAGGAGCUCCAUGAGAGAGAGAUACCGCAUUCAGGGCACGAUGUGUGAUGACUGCUGUGUGUCCACCUGCUGUUCACUCUGUGUGUGGUGCCAGAUAGCCAGAGAGCUAAAGCAUCGUCAGCAGCCCCAAGUGAUUGUAAAUGCAUCGGUGAGCCCUGCUUAUCAACCUCCAAUGCCUAACGUACCUCAGCAGCCUCAGCACAUGGCGGGACACUGAAGAAACUCUCCAUGUUUCUAAUGCAUUACUGAAUAUUUAUAGAUUAAUCAGAUGAUCGAGAUAUAUUAUAUCAAGUUUAAAGAAGCCUAUUAUCACUAGCUAAAGCACUUACAGAAGCUGCUUCAUGUAGCACCUAUAUAUUUUUGUACUAAACUGUACUUCAGUGUCAUCUGUAAACUAAUUAAUACUAUACAAAAAAGUCUGUUUUAUGCAAAUAUGAAAACUUAUGUUAACAAACAUUUUUAUUUUUAUUUUGUCAAAAACCAUUUACAUAAUGCUACCUGGAUCAAUGGUACA